UGUCACCUCAGUCGCCUAUUCCACUCCAGGCUGGUUUCCUCGCGCCUUGGAUCAACUACAUCACAAUCUUGCAUUACCAUACCCAGAAUCUCUCCAGUCGGGCCAGCCAAUCUGAACUUAGUGUUUUCUCCCGAAUCUGGCUCGACCACAGCCAACGACCGCGGUCGUGACACCGGUUCCUUCUUGACCAUUGAGACCACACAACCAGGAGAACUUUGUACAACAGACCAGAGCGGUCGAAGAAGGGGAAGCAGGCAGAGGAAAUAUGGCAUCUCCACCCACUGCCACCGAUCAACAAAAUGGCACUUUAACCAAGGACGACGGAGUUGACGUCGAUGUCGAUGCAGAGAUGGCAGACACUCAAGAUGCGCCGGCACAACCCCGGAACCCCAAUGAAACAUCCUCCACAAAUCUUGACAACGAGUAUUCGCAACCAGAAACCCAGUCGGCGCCAGGCGUUGCAGGUCUAGCCCAUCAUGACCGGAAAGAUGUGACAUUGCGCGAGUUUUUGAGCAAGAUGGACGACUAUGCUCCCAUUAUUCCCGACGCCGUCACGGCGCAUUAUUUGACAGUCGCUGGGCUCCCACCACCCUCGCCAGCCGAUCCGACGGGCGCAAGCACAAACACCACACCUCUACCCCUCGCCCGCCUUCUUGCCCUCGCCACUCAAAAGUUCGUUGCCGACAUCGCCGCCGACGCAUAUCAAUACAGCCGCAUCCGGAGCUCGAACACGGCGUCGUCAAACAAUCCUCUUGGAAGUGGUGGCGCCGGAGGUCCUGGUGGUCCCAGCGCUGCAGCGGUGUCAGGUGCUGGCGCCGCCGCAAAGAAUCAGCAAGCAACGCAGUUGGGCGUCCAGAGGAGCGGAUAUGGUGGUGGAGGUCAGGGUGGCAGUGGUCAGGGCAGAACCGUUCUCACUAUGGAGGAUCUCGGCAUGGCGGUGCAAGAGUAUGGCAUCAACGUUAAAAGGGGUGAAUUUUAUAGAUGAUGCAUUUGCAACGGUUGAUCCUCACGAUCACGGACUUGAUUUGGGCAUAGCGACGGCGUUUGAAAGAAUGGGUCUGACGUGGAAACUCAUGACUGGAACGGACCCGGUUUGCGCUUGAUCAAAAUAGUGGGUGGAGAAGGAUGGCGAAACCAUUUGUAUACCAUCCUCCUGAGGGCAGGAGAAAAUGUAGCAGUGACUCAAAGAGACAUAUGUGUGACAUG